CGAUAUCCCACCUUCCGACUUACAUCUAGCUAACCUAGCUCUCUGCCGGCUUCGGCCCUGAUAUUUCCAUACAUCCCUACCUACCUUACCUUACCUUAACUCCCCCUUCUCACUCUUCCAACUCGCUACACACACGCACACACACACACACCACCAAACAACUCCCCAAUGUCGUCGCCCCAACCCCCCUUCGCCACGGCCCUCCUCGCCGGCGGCAUAGCCGGCACCACAGUCGACCUAUCCCUCUUCCCCCUCGACACCCUGAAAACCCGCCUCCAGUCCCGCGACGGCUUCUUCCCCUCCGGCGGCUUCCGCGGCAUAUACCGGGGCGUCGGGAGCGCCGUCGUCGGCAGCGCGCCCGGCGCCGCGUUUUUCUUCUGCACGUACGAGGGCGUCAAGGGCGUGCUUGCGAAGAGGCGGAGUAUACAUGGGGAGUUGGGAACCGGCGCGGGCGCGGGCAAGACUUGGCAAGCGCCUCUCGAGCACAUGCUCGCUGCGAGUCUGGGCGAAGUUGCGGCCUGCGCGGUUCGCGUGCCCACGGAGGUGGUGAAGCAGCGCGCGCAAGCGGGUUUGCACGGGGGCUCGAGCGCCGCGGCCUUGGGCGCGAUAUUAUCGCAGCGCCGGGACAUAGGGUUAACGGGGGUGUGGCGGGAACUAUAUCGAGGGUGGGGUAUCACAGUGAUGCGCGAGGUGCCGUUUACCGUGAUCCAAUUCCCGCUAUGGGAGGCGCUGAAGGGCUGGGGCCGACGACGGAAGGGUCUAGGCGGUGGAAACGUGGAGGUGAGCGCGGGUGAGAGCGCGCUGUACGGCAGUGUGUCUGGCGCUGUGGCGGCGGGCGUCACGACGCCGCUUGAUGUUCUUAAGACUCGGGUUAUGCUAUCUAAGGAGCGCGAGAGCGUACUCGUCGUGCUGAAGGAAUUACUAUCUACUCAUGGGAUACGACCUUUCUUCGCUGGCAUAGGGCCUCGGGUUAUGUGGAUUAGUGCCGGCGGCGCCAUAUUCCUCGGGAGUUACCAAUGGGCUGUAAAUGCCUUACAGGGAAACAUCUUAUGACAGUCAUGACACCCACGUGACGACCGCAAUUAGACGAACAAAUGCGGGAGAUCGAGGCUGAACAGGACAGUCCUCGCUGUAUAUAACUCGUAGGGGUAUAUACUAGUAGCCGCGUUCCAAGACGGCGGUGCGGGAGAGAGUAUGUACAACAGACGAUAGAGAAUACCCCGUUUUUAGAUUUGCCGGAUAUAGACACAAU